UUAUUUCUGCAUUCAUUGAUUACUCUCUCUCUCUCUCUCUCUCUCUCUCUCUCAAGAUCUCCACAGUCAAAACCCUCAAAUAAUUACUCAUCUUUGUUAGUUUUUACCUCAUAAUUAUACCAAUCUUGCACCCCCCACUUCAUUAAUUAGGGUUAAACCCUAUUUAAUCGUCUGGGUUUUCUUUAUUAUACCAUAAAGAUUCUUCCUUUUUGUUGAUAAUUGAUUCCCCCAUCUGGGUUUAGUUCAUUACUUGAAUCUUGAUUCUCACACACUCACUGUGUGUUUGUGUUCUUGUCAAUUAUACAAAUCUAGCACACACAACCCCCCCCCCCCCCCCCCCCCACUUCAUUAAUUAGGGUUAAACCCUAUUUAAUCAUCUGGGUUUUCUUUAUUAUACCAUAAAGAUUCUUCCUUUUUGUUGUUAACUGAUUCCUCCAUCUGGGUCUAGUUCAUUACUUGAAUCUUGAUUCUCACACACUCACUGUGUGUUUGUGUUUGUGUUCUUGUCAAUUAUACAAAUCUAGCAUCCCCCCCCCCCCCCCCCACUUCAUUAAUUAGGGUUAAACCCUAUUUAAUCAUCUGGGUUUUCUUUACUAAACCAUAAAGAUUCUUCCUUUUUGUUGUUAAUUGUUUCCUCCAUCUGGGUCUUGUUCAUUAGCUGAAUCUUGAUUCUCACACUUACUGUAUGUGUGUUCUUGUCAGUUUGUCAAAUUUCAGGGUUUUUAACUUUAAGUUUAGAAGUUGUUGGAUACUUGAUUAGACAGUUUACAAGGUGACAUAUAUACAUAUAUACAUAUAUACAUACAUACAUAUAUAUAUAUAUAUUUAUAUUUACAGUGUUUGGUUCUGUGGAUGAGUUUUAUUCAUGUGAUUGGAUUUGGGUUAAAAGUGGGACACUUUCUUUUGAUGCUAUGUUACUCACUUCUAACAGUGAUCUCAUUAAACUCAUUCAUUAAUGAUUCAUCAUCACAAAUGAAGGCAAAUAAAAGCAGGAAGAUUUGGAACAAGUUUGUUGAGAUCUUUUCAAGAAACACUUGCAAGAUCCACUAUUAUUACCAAUAUAUUGGGUCAGAUAAGUUCAGGAAAACAUGGUGGAAGAGGCUGUUGAUCUUGUGGAUUGCACUUGGAACAGUUCUUUCUUUAUGGAUCUUUUGGUAUUUGAGAUCUCAAGCUUUGGAAAAAAGGAAAGAAAUAUUGGAAAAUAUGUGUGAUGAAAGAGCUAGAAUGCUUCAAGAUCAGUUUAAUGUUAGUAUGAAUCAUGUUCAAGCUAUGUCCAUUUUGAUCUCAACUUUUCACCAUGGUAAAAUACCUUCUGCAAUUGAUCAGGACACAUUUGCAAAGUACACGGAAAGAACGGCUUUCGAGAGACCACUAACAAGUGGGGUGGCGUAUGCAGUAAGGGUACUUCAUUCCGAAAGAGAACAAUUCGAGAAACAACAAGGAUGGACCAUAAAGAAGAUGACCCCGGUUAAUAAAGACAAAUAUAACCCUGAAGACCUUGAACCGUCACCGAUUCAACCCGAAUAUGCCCCCGUUAUCUUCGCACAAGAUACUGUUGCUCAUGUGAUUUCUCUUGAUAUGAUGACGGGAAAGGAAGAUCGUGAAAACGUGUUGCGUGCAAGGGAAUUAGGAAAAGGGGUUCUUACGGCUCCUUUGGCGCUUAUAAAGUCAAACCGUCUUGGAGUUAUUUUGACUUUCGCGGUUUAUAAACGAGAUUUACCGUCUAAUGCGACUCCGGAGGAAAGAAUCGAAGCAACUGACGGGUACUUAGGUGGAGUGUUUGAUAUUGAAUCGUUGGUGGAGAAGUUACUUCAACAACUUGCUAGCAAGCAAACCAUUUAUGUGAAUGUUUAUGAUACGACUAAUACAUCGGAGCCUAUUAGUAUGUAUGGUACGGAUGCGUUGGACACUGGUUUGGAACAUGUUAGUCCUCUUAACUUUGGUGACCCGUCAAGAAAGCAUGAGAUGCGUUGCAGAUUUACGCAAAAACAACCGUGGCAAAUCUUGGCAAUAUCAACUUCUUUUGGUAUUUUUGUGAUCACUUUACUUGUUGGGCAAAUCUUUCAUGCAACUAUAAAUAGAAUAGAAAAAGUUGAAGAUGAUUAUCACGAGAUGUCGGAGUUAAAGAAACGCGCCGAGGCUGCUGAUGUGGCGAAAUCUGAGUUCCUCGCUACCGUUUCUCAUGAAAUUAGAACCCCAAUGAAUGGUGUUCUUGGGAUGCUGGAUAUGCUUAUGGACACUGUUCUUGAUGUAACGCAACAAGAUUACGUUAGAACAGCUCAAGCUAGUGGAAAAGCUCUUGUUUCAUUAAUAAACGCUGUUCUUGAUCAAGCUAAAAUCGAAUCUGGAAAACUUGAGCUCGAGGCUGUGCAAUUUGAUCUUCGGGAAAUUUUUGACGAUGUUUUGUCGUUAUUUUCUGGAAAAUCUCAAGAAAAAGGAAUUGAGUUGGCGGUUUACAUAUCUGCCAAGGUUCCGGAAACGUUAAUCGGUGAUCCAGGGCGAUUUCGUCAAAUUAUUACAAAUCUCAUGGGCAACUCGAUUAAGUUCACCGAGAAAGGGCACAUCUUUGUUACGGUGCACCUUCUUGAAGAAGUUAUGGAGUCAAUCGAUGUAGAAACCGAACCAUCUUCAAAAGACACGUUAAGUGGACUGCCCGUGGCCGAUAGAAACCGAAGCUGGGCGGGAUUCAGACGCGCCAGUAAAACCGAGGGUCCAUCUGAUUCCGUAACGUUAAUCAUAUCGGUUGAAGAUACAGGUGGUGGGAUCCCGCUAGACGCACAACCUAGAAUCUUUACACCGUUUAUGCAAGUGGGACCCUCGAUUUACCGUAUGCAUGGAGGAACCGGUAUCGGGUUAAGCAUUAGCAAAUGUUUGGUCAACUUAAUGAACGGUGAGAUCGGGUUCGAUAGCAUCCCGCAAAUCGGGUCGACUUUCACUUUCACAGCUGAGUUUUCUAACCCGAAUGAGCAACAAAUCAAUGGUCAGUCACAGUCAAAGUCAAAGUCAGAGUUUUGUAACAUGCAAGCGGUCGUUGUUGACCCGAGACCCGUACGAGCUGAGGUUUCAAAAUAUCACAUCCAACGGCUAGGAAUGCACGUGGAAAUCGUCUCAAGUUUGACGAACGUGUUAUCGAUGUUGACCAACGGAAGUCAAACCAUCCGCGUGGUGUUGAUCGAGGAGGAAGUUUGGAAUCAAGAUUUAAGUAAUUCGGCGGUGUUCACGUAUAAGUUAAAAAAUUUAGAUCACAAGAUUCCUCCAAAGUUGUUUCUUUUAACGAAUUCGAUUGGUGGAUCCCGCCAAAAGAACGGCAUAUCUUCGCCAACUGUCAUCACUAAACCGUUAAGGGUAAGCAUGUUGGCGGCUUCGUUACAACGCGCAAUGGGCGGUAACAAAAGCAAUGAUAGAAACGGAGAGAUACCGAAAUUAUCCUUAUCGAAAUUGUUAGCGGGGAGGAAAAUAUUAGUGGUCGAUGAUAAUAAUGUAAAUCUUCGGGUAGCUGCGGGUGCGCUAAAGAAAUACGGGGCGGAAGUGGUGUGUGCAGAAAACGGGCGAAAAGCUAUUUCGUUACUAACACCGCCUCACUUGUUUGAUGCUUGCUUUAUGGAUAUCCAAAUGCCGGAAAUGGACGGGUUUGAAGCAACAAGAACGAUCCGUAAGAUUGAAAACGAUGUCAAUAACGAUAUCCAAAAUGGGAGUUUACCAUUGCAAGAUUAUGCGAAUAUUUCAAAUUGGCAUGUACCGAUUUUGGCCAUGACCGCCGAUGUCAUCCAAGCUACACAUGAACAAUGUAUUAGAUCCGGAAUGGAUGGUUAUGUAUCUAAACCAUUUGAAGCUAAUCAACUUUAUCAAGAAGUUUCUCGGUUUUUCCUAUAGGUCAACUCAACCCCCUCGGCCCCACAAAAAUUAACCAAAUUGUGCGUGUUUUUAGACGUUUUGGAAACGGGGCCGUAACCUUCACAAGGGAAACUAGUUAUGGUGACGAUACAAUGUACAUACAAAGGUCAUUUGUUGGUGGAGAUAUGUUCAUUUUGUAGAGCGAGCUUAGAUACAGAAACCGAUUCAUUUGCCAUCAUGUAGUUUUGAUCUAUAUUUCCAAGCUGUCGGAAAAUGGAACGUGUUUGGACGUUGACUUUUUUGGUCAACUCUUGGACUUUCAUUUUCUUCAGGUUCUGCUGUUUAGUUGAUGCAACCCCACAAGGGGGCGAAAGAACGUGUUGUGGUAUAUAUAGUUUGUAACUCGAAAAAUAAAUAUGGUUAAAUGUACGUAGUAAUAGUAAUAGUAAUAGUAAUAUGUAUACGUAUGAAGUACGAUUUUCAGGAAGGUUGUUUUAGAUACCAGAAUUUGAUAGACUUUGGUAAAUUUGUGUGUAUAUAAUGAGUUCACUUUUGAGUUUUAAAUGUUUGGUUGUGAAUA